UCUCUUUCGUUUAUACGCCUGACCUUCAAGCCAAGCAUAAUCACCGCUUAUCUCGCUGUUAAUAUUAGCUACGGACUUCCUUUAUCCGUCAGCUGUAUAUCUUAUCUACUGUGAAGUAUUCUUUUAGGUCUAAGCUUCAUCAUUCUCUUGUCCAAUUCUAUCCGUAACACUAUCGAUAUGCCGCAUUGGACUGCUCUAGUCGCAGAGAAGAAACAGAGGCAGCUCAAGUCCAUUCCACAGGAAUGGCUUGUGACUCCACCUCCACCCUCUACUCUGGAUGUGACUGGUUUUCCGGAGUCGUGUGGCCUGCUGAAUGCCCGAGAAAUUGAGAUCACCAAUACUUCAGUGGAUGUUUUAUUGAAGAAACUCGCAAGUGCGGAAUGGACAGCUGUAGACGUGACCACCGCGUUCUCCAAGAGAGCCAUUGUUGCCCAUCAGCUUGUCAAUUGCUUGACGGAAAUCUUUAUUGAUCGCGCGUUGGCCCGAGCAGCUGAACUCGAUGAUCACUUGAGAAAGACAGGGAAGGUCAUUGGCCCCCUUCACGGGCUGCCCAUCUCUCUAAAGGACCAACUAUGUAUCAAAGGAUUAGAAACCACUAUGGGUUAUGUCUCGUGGAUUGGGCAGUAUGCAGAGAACAACGCGGUGUUGGUCGACAUUCUGAUCGAGUGCGGAGCCGUGCCAUUCGUCCGCACCAACAUUCCGCAGACACUCAUGUGGCCAGAAUCCUUCAAUAAUGUCUUCGGCCGGACAACUAACCCACACAACGUCUCUCUGACCUCAGGUGGGUCAUCAGGAGGAGAGGGUGCAUUAAUUGCCCUAAAAGGAAGCCCAUUGGGAGUCGGUUCUGAUAUCGGAGGCUCUGUUCGUAUUCCCUCUGCAUUCUGCGGUAUAUAUGGGCUGAGGCCGUCAUACGGGCGUGUACCAUACUGUGGUGCCCGCAACUCACUUGAGGGCCAAGACUCGAUUCUCUCCGUGUUCGGUCCUAUGACAAGCAGUCUCGGCGGGCUCAAAGUCUUCAUGAAAGCUGUCGUUAACUCUAAACCGUGGCUCAAGGACCCUCUUGCGGUUCGGAAGAAAUGGGACGAAGAUGAGUACGAUCUCGCGGACCACGGGUCUGGCAAGGAUUUGUGCUUUGCGAUCAUGUGGGAUGAUGGCGUUGUUGUUCCCCAUCCACCUAUCAGGAGGUCUCUGGAAAUCACCAAAGCGGCUCUCCAGAAAGCUGGCCACAAAGUUGUUGACUGGAAACCCAUCAAGCACAGAUUGCUCGGAGAUGUUGCGCGGGACAUCUGGAACGCCGCUUCUGCCGAGGACUUCAUGAUUACGACCUCUAGUACAGGGGAGCCAAUAAUUUCAACGAUGGAGCUGGACGACGCAGAUGUUGUAGCAGCAGCUUUCCGUCCGAAAAAUGGCGGUUUCACUGCAUACCAACUCUGGCAAGCGCAGAAGCUGCGUCAGAAUAUCCGGAAAGAAUAUAUAGACCACUGGAACGCAACUGCCUCUGAGACUGGGACAGGACGGCCUGUCGAUGCUAUCAUUUGUCCAGCUGCACCAUUUGCUGCAACUCCCCAUGGGAAGAACAGGUACGCCAACUAUACUACCGUUUGGAACGCGCUCGACUAUCCCGCUGCGGUUUUCCCUGUGACUACUGUCGACUCCACUCUGGAUGGGAAGGAACCUCCUCACAGUUUCUAUGAUGACUUCGAUAAGGUCGUGUACGAAAUGUAUGAUCCGGAGAAAUUCAAGAACGCUCCUGUUUGUCUGCAACUUGUCGGUCGGACUUUGGAGGAAGAGGCGGUUAUAAAAAUGACAGAAAUUGUGGAUGCGGCGCUGGCAGCCGCGAAAUAAGUUCGAGACAUACAUUUUGAGACUUAUGCGAGACAGCAGUCAUGAAUAUGUACAAUACACCCAUACCUCGGUCAAAUACAAACAAUUCGAAACCUAUAACUUCGCCUCACAGGAUGGUUGUGCCUCGUUCACGAAGAUGCCUGCUGCACCCAUGCCACUGCCGACGCACAUACUUGUGCACAACAACUUUUUGUCUCUCCUGCGGAGUUCCGUGAGGCCGGUGACAACUUGACGAACACCAGCUAAU